ACUCUAUCACGGCCAUCUGCUACCUAUCCUCCGCCUCCAUCCAUGCAGCGCCAUUGGCCACGUCGUCCGGCCGCUGAGCUCUCCUCUUCUUCAGCUGGUGUUGAUACCAACGUCCGUGGCAGAUCUGAGUCAUUCAGCGAUUCUUCGAGGCGCAACCUAUUGUGCGCUUCGGUCUCGGAGGAAAAUCUCACACCGCCAACGCCAGGAUUGAGACCAGAGCUCUGCUUCGACCACGUCCGAACUCACUCUGGCGAUUCGAUAGCCGCAACUUCAGAGGAGCGGGAACGUGCAAAAAGGGAACGAGACGAGCGAACGUCCGCCCGUCCAAAUGUUAAGCGCCAGGCCGUCAGCAAGUCGCCCACCGACGCGGCCUGACGCAUUCCAAAAGUCGAGCCGCAACCCGCUCAACAUGAGCCGCACGGCCGCCAACAAGACCACGGGCCAUGCGCCGUCCACCUUGAUGCUGGAACGGAUGCACGAGGCGGCCUCGGACUUGGCCAUCUUGGCCACCACCACACAGGGAUGGCGGUUCGCUAACGAGCGCAAUGGAGCGAUGCUCUACGAAAUGGCAGGCCGCAACCUGCCGCAGAACGUCACUACAGCCAGGAAAUUCGGACGUGGAGCAGGCCACUCGUCCGACUACUAUCUCGUCCGAGCAGUCACCACAGUACACACAGAGGUGGCCGCAAUGCUGGAUUUGUUGCAUUCGUCUACAACCGACGAGUUCCGACUCGUCAUGCGCCAGGUUUUCCAACAGUAUUUUCAGAGCGGCGUCACAUUGGACAAGUUGACGUGUACAACGCCACCGCCAUUCGCUGAAGACCCGGAUGCUGGCGUGGAUGGGUCUAGACGCAGCUUCUCAGAGGAUGACGCGUAUUCGGUCAACUGGUUGACGCUCAAGGCACAGGCUAAGCUCGGAACUGUGGACAACCACCGAGAUUUCACUCUUGUUUGCUACCAGGACGCGUUUUCUCGACACGAGUCGGGCGUGUUGGAACGUGUUGGACGUGGAACAGCACGUGCGAGAUCCAACACGUCCAACUUCCAGCCACAGAGCAGACUGGUUGGCGUCCACGUAUUGAGCAGCGUCAACUUCCAGGAUGUACCGGAGCUGCCUAUUCCCGAAUGUACAGACCGACUGCACUUCCGGAAUUCGGGAUUCGUGGUGGAGGAGACGUCGGAGCCGAAUGUGCUGAGGCUUUCUCUUCUGUUAUCACUAUUACCUACCAAAUCGACACUUAAGUAUGCUAGAAAGUACCAGCGAUGGCUACAGACACUAGCGAGUUGUGUAGGCAACCUGGCACAGGUUUUGAGACCAGAGGUUACUCUGCAUUGUCUGAGUAAGCUCACGUGGAAGCAGAGUGAUCACUGUUUCAUGUGUCUCAAGAUGUUCCGCACCUUCCGUCGGUGUCAUCACUGUCGGUUCUGUGGUGAGGCAGUGUGCGGAACGUGCUCCAGUAUGGUCAACAUGUCCGGAUAUGAGGUCACAGACGGUAGUGGCAACACGUUGGCUGCUAACAGUCUAGCGUCAUCUCAACGUGGUGAGCCGAACGUCGACUUCAGCCAGACUGGAGAUAUCUGGACCAAGACGUCAGGGGAUGGGAUGGGAGGUACACGCAGCAGUAACACUCGUAACUUCCGAGAGGCUAGAGGCUGCAGUGCUUGUAUCGCAGAUCUCCGUCACGGUCUGACAGCCUCGGCUGUUGUGAGGAUGCGACGGAAUUCGGAUUCGGGAAGCAACUUUAGUGGUGAUAAUCCGAACAAUUACAGUGGCGAGAACCCGCUGUUGGCACGCUCGAGAACUGGACUGAGUGCCAGUAACGACGACGAGGAAGUUGUUUCGUAUGACAGUUCGGAUGAGGUCAACUAUGAACGUCGUCUAGGCUCGAUCGCGACGUAUAUUCCUUCGGAAGGUGGUCCGGGUGCGCUGGUGGAGGAGAAUGGACCGUUCACUGCCAGUAGUCUGGGACUGGAUGAACCGGUGGACGAAUUCCCAGUCACGUCCGAUGAACUGCAAGAUACUUUCCCGGCCGUGGACGAACCGGCCCCGCCACGGUUCCGAACUGUGUCGGAUCCGGAUCAACUCCGUCGAAUGCGUAAUGUGUCGGAUCCGGAGCUGCCACAGCGUCUUAAGGACAAGCACAGUAUGGUAUCCAUGUCCACUGCCAGUAGCUCGUUCUCACGUUCAUCAAACGAUCGCUACACCAACGACAAUGCGUCGCAGUAUUCACGAGGCACCAACUUCUCGGCCAUGUCGGACGGAUUUUCAGCCUGUGAUCUCUCUCGUGACCCAGAUAUCUUGGCUCUUGCUGGUCUGUCGAUGAAAGCCAGACCGUCAGAUGACUAUGAGCCUGCUCCAAUUCAGCGACCCCCAUUGCCGAGCAGCAAGACGUACGAGAUGACCAAACAGGUCAUCGAAGAACCCGACAGAGAGGAGGAGACUGCUGUUAAGAAGGAAAACAACGAAGAUGGUGCGUUCAACGGAAGAACCGUAUCCACUCCAUGGCCUGGCAGCAAUGCUGAGUCUCGAUACCGCAGCAAUACAACCAGCUCACGCGACGAUCUCUCAGUGCCUCAGCCAGACACGCUUCGGCCUGCUGAUGUGCUUCGUCAUCGCAGUCAAACUACUGCUGCUAUGGGGUGGAAUCCUGCCGCGACGGCUCCGUUAUCUGCUUCGUCUUCAGCCAAGGAUCUCAGCACGAAGCCUAACAAUUUCGCUAGCUCCAGUAUCAGACCCACAGCUGGACUUACUAAGUCGGAAGCACCGGACAGCAACGGCUUCCAUUUCUCAAAGAUGAACAGCCAACCUUCGGCUACAUCGGCUGCGAUCGUAGCAGCCGUGGCGGCCACAUCAACCAACUCAGCACAGCAAGACCAGGCCACACCUAGCAACAAGAUUUAUAUGACUUCGUCAGCUCGACGAGGUUCCGUCCCGAAGCCGAUGCAUCGACUGCCUCCCUCGGUUCCAGAGGACAGUCCAGCGUCGGGCCGCAACGACAUGAUCCCGUUGCCUCAGUCAGGCCAAGGACCUGCGAAUUUUGUCGUGUUCUCGGACUCCAGACGCGAAUCCAUUUUCACGCGAGCGGCCGACGGUCAAGAUAUGAUCCCGCUCGAUUUUUAAUGUUAGAUAUGAGGCCAGACGAAGUGCAAGUUGAAAUGCUCGAACGAAGAGCUAUUUAUCAUUGGAAAGUGUCGUGUUGCAAUAUAAUGCUGUGUAGUGCAAGAGUUUGGGU